GUAGGCACUCCACUCCUAAAAUCAACUUCUUAUCCUUCUUACUUCAUAGCAAACAGUUUGGAACCCCCCAAAAAUGGGUGCAACGACGGCCAUUGCCGCACUCUCUCUUCACUGCUUCUCCAAAUCCCACACACACUUUUCACCCUUUCGCACUCUCCCUCGCCUCACAUGCUCCUUCUCUUCCUCCAUCAAAUUCAACAUCUCCUUCGCUCCCCCUAAGCCCAAGCCCAAGCCCGAACCCGACGCCUCAAACGAGCCCGACGGGCCGCUCCUCAUCCCGUGGAUCGUCCGGGGCGAGGACGGCAACCUCAGGCUCCAAUCAGAACCUCCCCCGAGCCUCCUCAAUGCCAUCGCCACCGCCCAAACCGGAACCAAAAAGGACAAUAAGCAAACCAAAACCACCGCCGCCACCGCCACCAACACCACUAAACCUCAAAAGGCUCGCUCCACAGCGCCGCCGCAGCAUUCGAAGGCGGCGCGGCGGUUCUAUAACCAAAACAUCAAGGAAUCCUCCGCCGCGCGCCUCAGCAAGGUUCUCGCCGCCUCCGGAGUUGCGUCCAGGAGAAGCUGCGAAGAGCUUAUCUUCGAAGGGAAGGUUACGGUGAAUGGUACCGUGUGUAAUACGCCUCAGACUAAAGUUGAUCCUGCGAAGGAUGUUAUCUAUGUGAACGGGAACAGGCUUCCGAAGAGGCAGCCUCAGAAGGUUUAUCUGGCAUUGAACAAACCCAAAGGGUAUAUAUGUUCAUCUGGGGAGAACGAGUCUAAAUCUGUGAUAAGUUUAUUUGAUGAUUACUUGAACAGUUGGGGUAAAAAGCAUCCGGGAGUACCCACACCACGGUUAUUUACUGUAGGGCGCCUUGACGUUGCUACCACUGGGUUAAUUAUUGUGACUAAUGAUGGAGAUUUUGCUCAAAAGCUUUCGCAUCCUUCAUCAAAUUUAUCAAAAGAAUACAUUGCAACAAUUGAUGGUUUAGUUCACAAGAGGCACUUAAUAGCCAUAAGCGAGGGAACUACUGUUGAGGGUGUCCUUUGUGUGCCUGAUGUUGUGGAGUUACUUCCACGUCAGCCAGAGAUGCAAAGAACUCGAAUUCGCAUUGUGGUUCAUGAAGGUAGGAAACAUGAAGUUCGUGAACUCGUCAAAAGAGCUGGACUUGAGAUUCAUUCAUUAAAGCGAGUACGCAUUGGUGGGUUUAGACUUCCACCAGACCUUGGUGCACACUACUUUCCGGAGUGUUUAACGUGAAGCCAAUAUCAUGCUCUUGCAAUCAGCAUAUAUGUAUAGUCUAGAAGAACUGGGAGAAGAUUUUAAACUACUGCUUAGAAGAGAUAUGACUUUUUCCGAUGGACGUGAACCAACCCGGCGGAUUGCUGGUAUCUUUAUUGAAAUUGUUGUAAACGGUGAUUACGUGCCUGUAUGUAAAAUGAUACAAGUUUAACCUAGAGCGCCUGUUCAAAUUAAGGGACUACUCGGACUCUAAUUUGGAAAAAAAUAAUAGAAAGAAUGGAGAUCGAAAUUUCCGGAAAUAUUAUUUUUUAGACUAAACUCAA